AUGCUUCGGAAAGCCGCUCUGCCGCCGUUUAUACACCCGUUGCUAUUCUCAUGGGCCGAGGCAGGAAUCGGGCCAUCGCAUAAGGCAUUGCUCAACUGCGUUGGGCUGGUUGACUUGUUCAAGUCCCGAACGGGCCCUGACAGAAACGUCGUAUGGAAGCUCAUCAAGCUCGAGCAAGAAAGAAUAUUGACCAGCCACACCGAAUUCGACCGUUGGGAACUGCUCGCCUCCUUCCAGGCUCUACUUGUAUACUGCUUGUUGCGCCUGCAAGAAGCCCCGGUCGGAAACGAUGGCUUUGACUCGGGCCUCCUCACGACAGUUAAUGUCGUGUUCAAUGAGCUUUCCACACGAGUUGGAGGCAUUCUCAAGAUGAAAUUGCCAGACGACCCCGACGUGACGUGGAAGGACUGGAUAUAUAACGAAUCGAGGAGACGGACGGUGCUUGUUUUCCAGGUCAUCAACAUCAUGGUGGAGUGGUCUACUGCAGCUUCGGCCUAUGCCACGUGCGGGCUCGUCAUCAUUCCCCUCGCGACCAGCGCGACUCUGUGGAAUGCCAAAAACCCUGAUACAUGGCGGGAGGAGUUUGCGCCCCGAUGCGAGGAGCGAAGCCUCAUGGGGGUCUCACAAACCGGCGUGUUGACCAAACUUCUCCUGGGCGAGUCCGGGAUUACCCUCCACUCGGUUGAGUGGGAAGAAUGGACGGCAGAGGUGGGCGAUAUCGGGACACUGGUCAUGAUGGUGGGUGCAUUGCUCUAG